UUGAAAAAAGCAGGGAACUUACUUUUCUCAUCAUCCUCAUCUUCCUCAGAUGAGUCUUCAUCCUUAGACACUACGAAUCCUCCGACAGCCUUUUCAUUGUCACUUCUUGUCGUCUGUUCGGUGCUUGACAAGCUAGUUGUCUCCAAGGUGGUUGUGGAUUCAGUAGUCGUGGACGUUAUAGUGAAUUUUUUUAGUUCAGGCGUUGUUAUUGUAGGAUUUUUUACAUCUGUGGUGGUCUGCACUUCUGUGGUAGUUACGGUAGUAGGUACUGUAGUGGUUACGGUAGAAGAUAUUGUGGUGGUUACGGUAGAAGGUGCUUCGGUUGAUUCUGUUUUGAAUGGUAGACUUUCAGCACUGGUAGACGUUACAGGUAAUGAAGUAGACAUUUCAGUUACUUUAGGAGUGCUUAGUGAAGUUCUUCUCUCCACUUCUGUGGUUGCCAGUGGUGAAGGAGUCGAGGGGGUAAAUUUAGUUUGGGUAUGGGAUUUCUCAGGAGCAGCCGCAUCCAUAUUAUUUUUCACAGUAACUGCUUCCACAUCAACAUCUCCCUCGAUUCUGACAGGAACUUCAUUCGUAGUAGUAGUACUAGAUGGAGGAGCUGUGACAGAUGUUCUCGUGCCGUUCGUGCUUGCUUCUUCUGAACUUGCAGAAUCCACAACAAGUGUCACCACGACUGUAGGUGGCACUGUAGCUGAUGUCGAUGUUUUUGCUGUGGAUGAAACAGAAGAUGUAUCAGCAGAUGUGCUCGUCUGGUCUGAUUCUGCUGCUGUUGCUGUUGGCGGUUCAACUGUAAUCUUUUGGAGUGUAAUAAUUGUUGGCUCAGUUGUAGUAGAAGUCUUAGUUGAAGCAGAUGCAGUAACAUCUUCAUGUUUCACCACUUCUGUCACGGUAGCACCAUCGUUAGAUUCAGAAACACCUAAGGUAGUCAAUUCGUGCUCCGUACUUGUCACGGAUGUGGUAGUCGUAGUAGUGGUAGACGAAGAUGUUCCAAUGGUUGUGGUUUCUGUAACAUCAGCAGAAGAAGACGUUGAUAGCUGA